AUGUGGCUCAGUGCACUUCGUCUAAGCAGUUGUGUCCUAGCAUUCACUCGGCUUGCUUCAUCGGCUUAUGGCUAUCAAUUGAUUGACACGCAUCACCACUUCGUUCCUGAUUUCUACAGAGAGGGUGAGCUCACUGCCUUCACUCCGUACAUGACUGAGGGUUUUCUAGCGGUGAUUGCAGCGGGAGGAGAUCCUUCUGGGUGGCCCAUCCCAGUAUGGCAUCUGAAUGACUCUGAGGCCUUCAUGCAAAGAAUCAACACGACCAUGACAAUGCUAUCGCUCACAUCACCGGGAGCUGCGAUCGCCAAAGACAAUGAUAUGGCUCGCACACUCGCUCGACGUGCCAAUGAGUAUUGUGCGCAGAUUUCAAGCCAAAUGCCCGACAAGUUUGGUUGCUGGGCAGCGAUGCCGAAUCUCCUGGACAUCGAAGGAUCUCUGGUCGAAAUCUCAUAUGCUUUGGACAAUCUUGGUGCGAACGGUAUCACGCUCUUCACACGCUACGGGGAUGGCAACUAUUACCUAGGCAAUCCAGCCUACGAGCCGAUCUGGGCGGAAUUGCAUAGGCGGAAUGCUACCGUGUUCAUCCAUCCUUCGGCUCCAGUCGACACUAAACUCGUCAAUCCCUCCCUGCUGCUACCAACCAUCGACUAUCCGCACGAGACAACUCUAACAGCCGUCGACAUGAUCAUCUCGCGCACUCGUGUCAAGUAUCCCAAUUGCAAAGUCAUCCUCUCCCAUGCCGGCGGCAACCUGCCAUGGUUAUUCACACGCUUCGCACUUUGGCGGAAAGCCGCACCGGUGACGGCACUACGUGACGGCAUCACGUAUGACGAAGCCCUUGCGGAUUUACGCUCAUUUCACUACGACCUCGCUCUUUCUUCUUCCCCGGAGAAGCUUGACCUCCUGUUGAAACUUGUUCCAGCCGAGCGGAUUCUAUAUGGCUCUGACUUUCCAUAUGCGCCCACAACGGGGAUUCUGGCCUUCCGUCAGGCACUGGAAGAUUACCCAAAGGCCGAAGGGCUGAAACAGAAGAUCUACUAUGAGAACGCGUUAAGCUUGAUUGGAUAA